AUGAUGUGGGCCAUUGCGACGCUCCUACUUGCAGGUGUCGCCCGAGCGGCGAUCUCUAAUGCUAUGCUCCGUGGCAGGCCUUCUCUCCCAAGAAUCUCAGUGCCCGAACGUCCUGUCACCUCCCCGAAUGGCACAACACUCCCACCCAUCAAGACCGUCUAUUACUUCGACCAGCUCAUCGACCACAAUGAUCCAGGCCUCGGAACCUUCCAACAGCGAUAUUGGAUGAACUGGGAGUUUUAUGAGCCCGGUGGUCCCAUCAUAUUGAUGACACCUGGAGAAACUGACGCAGAUGAUUACCAAAUCUAUGUUACCAACGGCUCCAUCAAUGGUCUCAUUGCUCAACAUCAGAAAGGUGCAGCCAUCCUUGUUGAACACCGUUUCUUUGGCGAUUCCAAUCCACACGACAACCUCACGUCACAAUCCCUCGCUCUCCUUACCAUCCAACAGGCCAUUGAUGAUCUCGUGUAUUUCGCCGCCACCGCCGACCUUCCGAUGUCUGGAGGUGAUGCUGUGAAGCCAGGUCAGACGCCAUGGGUACUGAUUGGAGGAAGCUACUCGGGAGCCCUCACCAGCUGGACGAUGGUCAACAAACCGGGAAUUUUCUGGGCUGGAUACGCAUCUUCUGCCGUCGUGGAGACAAUCACUGACUAUUAUAACUAUUUUACCCCGAUUCGCAACUACAUGCCACGAAAUUGUUCUUCCGAUGUAGAGUCAGUGAUUGCCUACUUGGAUUGGAUGUACGCGGUGAAUGACACCGCUGGAAUCCAGACGCUCAAGGAAGCAUUUGGUCUUGGCGGUGUCGUACACGUAGACGAUUUCGCCUCUGCACGUGAGUUGACCUUAUCCCUUGUUCAGUCUUCAUCUUUGGGCAUGGCCCGCACGUCUUCUGAUCCGAGCAACAUUUAG